CUCGGUUAGGACCUCGGAGAGCGCCCGGCGCCGCGACCAGAGACCGGAGAAGCGAAGCGGCGGGAGCCGGGCGCACCCACGCCUGCGAGCCCGCCGCCCUCCGCGCCCUUCGCUUCCCGGGCUGCAGGCGGCUAGCGGCGUCUGAGGAAGGCGCCUAAGUCCGGGGUCCGUAGUGGUUCGUCUGGGACGCGGCGGCAGCCGUCCAGCCGCGUGUUUAAAAUGAAGAAGUUUAAUUUCCGAAAAGUUUUGGAUGGCUUAACUGCCUCCUCCCCUGGCAGUGGCAGCAGCAGCGGCAGUAACAGCGGUGGGGCUGGAAGUGGUCCCUUGCAUCCAGGAGGGACAGCUGGAGUUCUCAGAGAGGAAAUUCAGGAAACCUUGACUUCAGAGUAUUUCCAGAUUUGCAAGACAGUUCGGCAUGGUUUUCCUUACCAGCCCACAGCUUUAGCCUUUGAUCCAGUUCAGAAAAUCUUGGCUAUUGGGACAAGAACAGGUGCUAUACGAAUACUUGGGAGACCUGGUGUUGAUUGUUAUUGCCAACAUGAAAGUGGUGCAGCAGUCUUGCAGCUCCAAUUCUUGGUUAAUGAGGGUGCUUUGGUCAGUGCAAGUUCAGAUGAUACACUUCAUUUGUGGAACCUUAGACAAAAAAGACCAGCUAUCCUUCAUUCUCUUAAAUUUAACCGAGAACGAAUUACUUACUGUCAUCUACCUUUCCAGAGUAAAUGGCUCUAUGUUGGAACAGAAAGAGGAAAUACGCAUAUUGUAAAUAUUGAAUCUUUCAUUCUUUCUGGAUACGUUAUAAUGUGGAACAAAGCAAUAGAACUGUCCACCAAAACUCAUCCAGGUCCAGUUGUACAUUUAAGUGAUAGUCCAAGAGAUGAAGGGAAACUGCUUAUAGGUUAUGAAAAUGGUACUGUAGUAUUCUGGGACUUGAAAUCUAAGAGAGCAGAACUGAGAGUUUAUUAUGAUGAGGCUAUUCAUUCAAUUGAUUGGCAUCAUGAGGGCAAACAGUUCAUGUGCAGCCAUUCUGAUGGUAGCUUGACUUUAUGGAACCUGAAAAGCCCAACUCGCCCUUUUCAGACCACAAUUCCACAUGGAAAAAGUCAAAGAGAAGGAAGAAAAUCCGAAUCUUGUAAACCAAUUCUUAAGGUAGAAUACAAGACCUGCAGAAACAGUGAACCAUUCAUAAUAUUUUCUGGUGGACUGUCCUAUGACAAAGCUUGCAGAAGACCAAGUUUAACCAUUAUGCAUGGAAAAGCAAUUACAGUACUUGAAAUGGAUCACCCUAUUGUUGAAUUUCUAACUUUAUGUGAAACACCUUAUCCAAAUGAAUAUCAAGAGCCUUAUGCCGUUGUGGUACUUCUGGAGAAAGAUCUCAUUGUAGUUGACCUGACACAGAGCAAUUUUCCAAUCUUUGAAAAUCCAUAUCCCAUGGACAUUCAUGAGUCACCAGUUACAUGCACAGCUUAUUUUGCCGACUGCCCUCCAGAUUUGAUUCUAGUACUCUAUUCUAUAGGAGUCAAGCAUAAAAAACAAGGAUACAGUAAUAAGGAGUGGCCAAUCAGUGGAGGAGCUUGGAACCUUGGAGCACAAACAUAUCCAGAAAUUAUUAUUACUGGUCAUGCGGAUGGAUCAGUAAAAUUUUGGGAUGCUUCUGCAAUAACUCUGCAGAUGCUGUACAAGCUAAAAACUUCAAAAGUCUUUGAAAAACAGAAGGUGGGAGAAAGCAGACAGUCAUGUGAAAUUGUAGAGGAAGAUCCGUUUGCCAUUCAGAUGAUUUAUUGGUGUCCAGAGAGCAGAAUAUUUUGUGUAUCAGGAGUUUCUGCAUAUGUCAUUAUUUAUAAAUUCAGCAGACAUGAAAUUACAACAGAAAUAGUGUCAUUAGAAGUACGGCUUCAGUAUGAUGUUGAAGAUAUUAUUACCCCUGAACCAGAAACAAGUCCUCCGUUUCCAGAUAUCUCAUCCCAGCUUCCUUCUUCAAGGAGUCUUUCCGGGAGCACUAACACUGUGGCUAGUGAAGGAGUAACAAAGGACAGUAUCCCAUGCCUGAAUGUUAAAACACGACCAGUGAGAAUGCCCCCAGGAUAUCAAGCAGAACUUGUUAUUCAGUUGCUGUGGGUAGAUGGUGAACCUCCCCAACAGAUUACCAGUCUUGCCCUAAGCUCAGCAUAUGGAAUAGUUGCAUUUGGAAACUGCAAUGGGUUGGCUGUGGUGGAUUUUAUACAGAAGACAGUACUGUUAAGCAUGGGGACCAUUGACCUAUAUAGAUCAAGUGACUUAUACCAGCGACAGCCACGGUCUCCUAGAAAGAACAAGCAGUUCAUUACAGACAACUUUUGCAUGCGUGGCCUGUCUAACUUUUAUCCUGAUUUAACGAAACGGAUCCGUACUUCCUAUCAGAGCUUGACUGAGCUGAAUGACAGUCCAAUUCCUCCAGAACUUGAACGCUGUAAAUCUCCCACCUCAGGACUUUCUACCAGAACUCCUGAGGCAGCACCAGGCUUUUAUAGGAAUGACACACCAGGUGUGAGACAGAGGAAUCAAGUGCAUCACUUGCCAGACCAUGUAAAUGGACACUGCACAAGUCCAACUUCUCAAAGUUGCGGUUCUGGAAAACGUCUUUCUAGUGCUGAUGUUUCAAAAGUAAAUCGCUGGGCUCCUGGAAGACCACCAUUUCGAAAGGCACAGUCAGCUGCUUGCAUGGAGAUAUCUUUACCAGUUACAGCAGAAGAAAACCGAGAAAAUUCUUAUAAUCGUUCUAGAAGCUCUAGUAUCUCCAGUAUUGAUAAAGAUUCAAAAGAAGCAAUUACAGCAUUGUACUUUAUGGAAUCCUUUGCACGGAAAAAUGACUCUACCAUCUCCCCUUGUCUAUUUGUUGGGACUAGUCUGGGAAUGGUGUUGAUCAUUCCCCUAAACCUACCAUUAUCAGAUGAACAAAGGUUUUCAGAACCAGUCAUGGUAUUGCCAAGUGGUACAUUCCUGUCAUUGAAAGGAGCUGUGCUAACAUUUUCCUGUAUGGACCGAACUGGUGGAUUAAUGCAACCUCCAUAUGAAGUUUGGAGGGACCCAAACAACAUAGAUGAAAAUGAAAAAACUUGGAAAAGGAAAUUGGUCAUGAAUUCCCCAUCUUCAUCCCAAGAAAUAGGAGAUCAUCAGUAUACAAUAAUCUGCUCAGAAAAACAAGCCAAAGUCUUUUCACUGCCUUCUCAGACUUGCCUUUAUGUUCAUAACAUCACUGAGACAUCUUUUAUACUGCAAGCCAACGUGGUGGUCAUGUGUAACAGUGCCUGCUUGGCAUGCUUUUGUGCUAAUGGGCAUAUCAUGAUAAUGAGCUUACCUAGUCUUCGUCCAAUAUUGGAUGUUAAUUAUUUGCCACUGACAGACAUGAGGAUAGCGCGGACAUUUUGUUUUACUAAUGAAGGACAGGCAUUAUACUUGGUCUCUCCUACUGAAAUUCAGCGGUUGACAUACAGCCAAGAAAUGUGUGAUAAUUUACAGGACAUGCUAGGAGAUCUGUUCACUCCUAUAGAGACACCAGAGGCUCAAAACAGAGGAUUUCUGAAGGGACUAUUUGGUGGAAGUGGGCAAACAUUUGACAGGGAAGAGCUCUUCGGGGAAGCCACCGCAGGAAAAGCAUCCCGCAGCCUUGCGCAACACAUCCCUGGACCAGGCAGUAUAGAAGGAAUGAAAGGUGCUGCUGGAGGGGUGAUGGGGGAGCUCACUCGAGCCCGGAUUGCACUGGACGAGAGAGGGCAGAGGCUGGGAGAACUGGAAGAGAAGACUGCUGGCAUGAUGACCAGCGCAGAAGCAUUUUCCAAACAUGCACAUGAGUUAAUGCUGAAAUAUAAGGAUAAGAAAUGGUACCAGUUCUAAACUUCUAAGGAAGCUGUGACUGCUUUGAGAAACCAUUAUUCAGGGAAACCAAAUUUAUUCCCAGCAUCACUAUUCAACUGCUAGAAGCCAGUUUCUUCUACAAAAUGUUCCAUUAUAGUCCAUCUGAAGUUAUUGUAAAGGAGACUUAUCAAAGACACUGUACAACCCAAAGGCUGGAACCCUGGUUAAAAUCCCAAGAUAAUGGCUAAAUAUGCCUUUUCCCGUGUGGAAUGGAGCUAUCAUCUUGGCAUGUGAUUUGCUAAAGAUUUACACUUAGAAACUAUGGGGAGUCCUUUUGAUUUGAAUUUCCUGUACAAACAAAAGCAUUAAUGCACUUAAUGAAAAAAAUCUUUGCAUGAUAAAUUAACAG